UUUAUGUCAAACUUCUGCAUCCACAUACAACUCAUCAGUUGUGAACAAAUAAUAAUUAAAUUGUGACUAUGAUCCAAACAAAUCUCAAUUCAAUUUUACACAUCAUGUUGCAGUCAACUUAAUUGAUUGCAUUAUAUCAAUUAGCUGUAAAUUAGCAUACUACAUGGAAUUAAUUUUGCAGAUUAGAUCAAUCUCCAUUAAACCAAUUAGCUGUAAAUUAGCUUACACUAGGAAUUGAUUUUGCUGAACUCAUGUAUAUAUGAGAAAAAGUUAAAAGAAUCGAACAUAAUCUCUUAUGCAGCUCCAAGAAAACAUGGUACCAAUGAAAGUAAUGACUAUGGUUAUGAUUUAUCUAUUUAUCUUAUCUUCUUUAUUCAUUAUAUCAAGUGCAAAAAUAUCAGGACAACCAGGAGUGAACUAUGGAGAACUAGGUAACAACCUUCCAACACCAACAACCUCAGUGUCUCUCAUCAAAAACCUAAACGCCAAACGCGUAAAAAUCUACGACGCAAACCCAAAAAUCCUCAAAGCACUCAAAAACACCGGAAUCCAAGUAUCCAUCAUGCUCCCCAAUGAACUUGUAACCAAUGUAUCUUCUAACCAAACACUUGCAAACCAAUGGAUCCAAUCCAACGUUGUUCCCUUUUAUCCAAAGACACUUAUUCGGUAUCUCCUCGUCGGUAAUGAACUCAUCUCCUCAACAUCAAAUCAAACAUGGCCCCAUAUUGUACCGGCUAUGCACCGGAUCAAACACUCCUUAACUACCUUUCAUUUGCAUAAAAUUAAAGUUGGAACCCCUUUGGCAAUGGAUGUUUUACAAACAUCAUUUCCACCUUCAAAUGGAACUUUUAGAAAUGACAUUGCUUUGAGUGUUAUCAAACCAAUGUUAGAGUUUUUACAUGCCACAAACUCUUUUUUCUUCAUAGAUGUGUAUCCAUUUUUUGCUUGGGUUUCGGAUCCUAUUAAUAUUAACUUGGAUUAUGCUCUUUUUGAAUCCAAAAACAUCACGGUUAAAGAUUCGGGUACGGGUUUGGUUUAUACUAAUUUGUUUGAUCAAAUGGUGGAUGCAGUUUAUUUUGCAAUGGAGCGGCUUGGGUUUCCGGGUAUUCGAAUAUUUAUUGCUGAAACGGGUUGGCCUAAUGGUGGUGAUUUGGACCAAAUUGGUGCAAAUAUUCACAAUGCUGCCACAUAUAAUAGAAAUUUUGUGAAGAAAGUCACAAAAAAACCUCCUACCGGGACACCGGCUCGACCAGGUUCAAUUCUUCCAUCUUUUAUAUUUGCUUUGUAUAAUGAGAACUUGAAAACGGGUUUGGGAACAGAGCGUCACUUUGGGUUGUUGUACCCGAAUGGUUCAAGUAUUUACAAGAUUGACCUUUCUGGCAAGACACCGGAGUCAAAGUUUAAGCCAUUGCCACCACCAAGGGAUUAUAAAGGGAAGGCUUGGUGUGUGGUGGCGGAGGGAGCAAAUGAGACGGCAGUGGUGGAGGCGCUGUCACACACUUGCUCGCAGGGAAACCAAACAUGUGAUUCGAUUCAACCCGGAAAACCCUGUUUUAAACCCGAUUCGGUGGUGGCUCAUGCUAGCUAUGCAUUUAGUUCUUAUUGGUCUCAGUUUAGACAUCUUGGUGGAGCAUGUAACUUCAACGGUCUCGCCACCCAAAUUGCAAAGGAUCCAAGUUAUGGAUCAUGCAAGUAUCCAAGUGUGACUCUUUGAUGAAUCCAACUUCAAUAAUCAGCCAAUGCAGUUUUUAUAUAUUAUUGCCCAACAUUAUGGAUAACAAGAAUAUUAGGAGGAAUGACAAAAAUGCACUUAUUUUUACUGUUCCAUUGAAAAACAAAGUGUAACCUUAAAAAAUAAACCAUGCAUGCUAUGUUAGUUUAAUAUUCAAUUCAAUGGGAAGUUCAGGCUUUUGAAACUGAGAACUUGUAUCAGCCUUCUAGCAAAUGUCAUAGUUUGAAGUUUGAACUUGAUUUAUGA